AUGCCGUUGGACUCUCCGGCCAAACUCGAGUACCCUCUGCACUGGGCGGUCUUCAAUAAUGAGCAGAAUGAGCUGAAAGAGCUGCUGGCGAACAAGAGCACGCUGGAAAUUGACAAGGUGGAUCCGAGAGGAAGGUGAGUUCUGAAGCAAUUUUUCAAAGAAUUCAGGAAAUAUUUUAGAACAUCGCUCAUGCUGGCAGUGACUCUCGGUCACUUCGAUUGUGCUCGAUUACUCAUGGACGCCGGAGCGGAUGCUAGUAUUCCGAAUAAAGGUAAAUUGCCAAUGCGAAAUCUCAUAUUUUAUCAAUUUAACUCCAGAAAUGUGGUCGGUGUCUAAUGAAGCUGUUGCGCAGGGAAAUGAAGCGUUUGUCAGUGACGUCAUCCAUCACCGAGACUAUCAGAGAGCAACUCGCGGAGCACAAGCGAUGAAGAGAUCCCUCGAGAAGCUGAAGGAAGUGCCGGAUUUCUUCUGCGAAAUGAAUUGGGAUUUCUCGAGUUGGGUGCCGUUCCUCGCGCAGGCAUGCCCUUCCGACUGUCACAAAGUUUACAAAAAAGGAUCGAGUGUUCGCAUCGACACGACUUUGGUUUCGUUCGAAGGAGCCAGCUGGAUCCGAGGCAAUCAGUCGUACAUGUUCCGAUUGAGCAAAGACGGAUUCGCCGAGUUCAUAGUGCUCGAUCACGCCGAGAGAGUGGCGGCCGUGCAGGAACUGCGGGACGACGACGACUUCAUUGACCACAGACCGCUUCCCGGCGCAAUGCAGGACAGGCUGAGUAGCCCGAUCUCCACCACCUACAUCGACGUGGAUAACAUUGGAUUCGAACGGACUUCCCGCGGUUUCCUUUCCUGGUUCAGCAACUCGGAAUCGAACGAAACCGUGGAUGGGUACGAUUGCAAGGUGAGUGGAGCACACUAAAAAUGAGAGAAUAUCCAAUACAGGUGCUCAACGCGUCCAACGUGCAUUUGGUAACCAAACGGCGCCUCGAUCAUUUGAGCAGAGAGGCUCGCGAAAGACUCGCCCAGGUAUCCUUUCCCCCUCCGAGAGCUCCUUGUUUACAUAGUAUUCCGUUUCAGGAAGAGGCUUCCGAAUCGAAGGCGGUCGCCAGUUUCAAGAAAAUGCUGUCGAUGAAUAAGAGCGACGAGAACACGAAGAGGGAUUUGUUCAAGGAGGGACUCACUGCCGAUCAGUAUCUGGAUCCUAAUUACGAGUUCGAGCCAGGAACGGACAUCGGAAAGUUGAGGGAGGUGGUAAAGAAAUCGAAUGGGCUCAAGGCAACGCUUUGGAUGGCCGAUGAGUAUCCGAUGAGUCUUCAUGUAUGUUUCCUAGUUUCCCAAUAGGGCUUUUAAUAUUGAAAAGUUUCGUUCAGGAUCAAAUAAUUCCAAUUGUCGAGCUGAUGGCGGUCAACAGUCCCCAUUUCGCUCGUCUUCACAAGUUCAUCCGUCUCCAACUCCCCGCCGGUUUCCCCGUCAAAAUCGAGAUUCCUCUAUUCCACAUUCUCAGUGCUCGAAUAGGAUUCCAAAAUAUCAACAGUGCCGGAAAGCACGUUAUUCCCCUGGACAAUCAGCAUGUGCUCAUUGAAGAUGAAGCUUUCGAAAUUCCCAGCGGAUACGUGAUCGACGACGACGGAAGAUACGGUAUCACGUGGGAAGACGACGAUGAUCGCAACAAUCGGGCACGCAGCAACGGCACCAGUAAUCAGAGAGGCGUAGGGAGUACGUUUGAAGCUAUGAGAAAUGUAGUCUAAAAAGAUUUUCAGACAAUUACUCGGAUGAAAUGCUUCUUCAAUAUGCAAUUGAGCAGAGCCUUCAGGAGAGCAACCGAAACGAAAACGAGCCAAUUCGCAACGAGCAACAGUUGCUCGAGGAGAUUCAGAGACUUGAGCUGCAAAAUGUGGCAGCCCUUCAAGAAGAGGCUCCCGCCGAUACCGAAUACUUCCGUGCGAUCCGUGACUCGCAGGUCGAGGAGGAACGUCGUCGGCGCGAGGAGGAGCUGUUCGAAGAAGAACUGCGCAAAGUGCUCGAGUUGAGCAAAACUGAGCAGUAG